AUGGGGCGGCGUCACGGUGGCGGCGGCGGCGAGGGCGAGGGCGUGGGCGAGAUGAGGAAGAAGAUCUUCCUCUGCACAAGGCCGCAAGAUAGAGGCAGAGUAGUUUCUCGACUCCAUCUGGCUGCAUGGGCUGGGCAUGUUGAUGUUGUGAGAUGCCUUUGCAAGCACAAAGCUGAUGUGGGAGCUGCAGCAAUGGACGACACUGCAGCAAUUCAUUUUGCUUCCCAGAAGGGCCAUGUAGAAGUGGCCCGUGAGUUGCUGGCAUCUGGGGCCUCUGUGAAAGCGAAGAAUCGGAAAGGCUUCACGGCACUGCACUUUGCUGCGCAGAAUUCCCACCUGGAUCUUGUGAAGUACCUUGUGAAGAAAGGUAUCGACGUCACAGCAAAGACUAAAGGUGGCCAGACAGCUCUACAUGUCGCUGAGGAUGAUGAAGUGCGUGCGUUCCUGAAGGAGCGCGAGCAGUCCAUGAAGAAGGGAGCCGAGCUACCAUCGGAGAAGAAGGAUGAUUCUGCCGAGAAAGAGGGCGAUAGCAAGUCUUCAGGCGAGGUUAUGAAAGAUGGGGAGGAUGCAGGGCAGGCCGAGAAGAGGAAAAGUGAAGGGGUUGGUGCGUCGAGUUCGCCGGGAGCAAAAAAAGCCAAAGUUUCCCUUGGCCAUCUAGUUAGUGAAAAUGACAUGGACGAAGAAGAGUGA